UUUUGUAAUGUGUACUUCCGGUUCCGGUUUCUGCGUGUGACACGCUUGUAAACAACUAGCUAGCUGGAGUUUAGCUGCAGUAUAAGGUAGAGUACUUGUAAACACAGAUUUUAAAUUCUGCCAGUCAUCGCGUUUACAGCGGCCCAGAAAGGUCGGAGUGAAGUUCACGGUUUUGUGGCUGCACCGGUGCCUGGAACGCCAUGCCGCAAGAAGCGGAGACCAGCACGGGUCAGGAAGGGGUCAUAGACCUGGAAGAACCCAAGAAAAUGACCCGAGAAGACUGGAGGAAGAAGAAGGAGCUGGAGGAACAGAGGAAGCUGGGAAAUGCUCCUGCUGAGGUUGAUGAGGAGGGAAAGGACAUCAACCCUCACAUUCCGCAGUAUAUUUCCUCCGUGCCGUGGUACAUCGACCCUUCAAAGAGACCCACGCUGAAGCACCAGAGACCUCAGGAGGAGAAACAGCAGGAGUUCACGGCUAUAGGAGAGUGGUACAAGAGAGGAGUACAGGAGAAAUCCAUCAGCACAAAGUACAGGAAAGGGGCGUGUGAGAAUUGUGGUGCCUUGACACACAAGAAGAAGGACUGUCUUGAGCGGCCCAGAAAGGUCGGAGCGAAGUUCUCGGGUACAGGCUUUGCCCCGGAUGAGCACCAUCAGAUUCAGCUCAAUCUGGAUUACGAUGGGAAGCGAGACCGCUGGAACGGCUACGACCCCGAGGAACACAUGCGCAUUGUGGAGGAGUACUCAAAAGUUGACUUGGCAAAGCGUGCUUUAAAAGCCCAGAGGUUACAGGAGGAGCUGGCCACCGGGAAACUGGAUCACGGAGAACGAGAACACAACAGUGAGGACGAGGACGAGGACAAAUACGCAGACGAUAUCGACAUGCCGGGCCAGAACUUUGACUCCAAGAGACGAAUCACAGUGAGGAACCUGAGGAUCAGAGAGGACACCGCUAAGUACCUGAGAAACCUGGAUCCAAACUCGGCUUACUACGACCCGAAGACCCGAGCCAUGAGAGAAAACCCGUACGCCAACACCGGCAAGAAUCCAGAAGAGGUGGGAUACGCUGGAGACAACUUUGCACGUUACAGUGGAGAUACAAUCAGCAUGGCACAGACGCAGCUCUUUGCGUGGGAGGCGUACGAGAAGGGAACAGAGGUCCACCUGCAGGCUGACCCGACCAAGCUGGAGCUGCUCCAUCAGUCCUUCAAGGUUAAGAAGGAAGACUUCAAAGACAAACAGAAAGAGAGCAUUCUGGAAAAGUACGGGGGUCAGGAGCAUCUCGACGCUCCUCCACGGGAGCUGCUGCUCGCUCAGACCGAGGAUUACAUGGAGUACUCUCGACACGGAGCCGUCAUCAAAGGCCAGGAGAAAGCCAUAGCACGCUCCAAAUAUGAAGAGGACGUCCUUAUUAAUAACCACACCUGUAUCUGGGGCUCGUAUUGGAAAGAUGGCAACUGGGGUUACAAGUGCUGCCACUCGCUGGUCAAGCAGAGCUACUGCACCGGAGACGCUGGCAAGAAAACCGCAAACACAUCGUGUGUCCCGUUUGAAGAAGGGGUUGAUGAUGAAAAUGAGGAGGCACCAAAGACACUUUUAGAGAUGCACCAAGAAAAGAUGAAGGAAAAGAAGAAGAAGCACAAGAAGAAGCACAAGAAGAAAAAUGAAGACAGCAGUGAUGAGGAAGACGAAGCCAAAAAGAAAGAAAAGCUGAAAAAGGCACUGAGCGCAGAGGAGCAGCGACUGAAGCAGGUAGCUGAGAUGAUGCAGAUGGAUGAGAGGAAGAGACCAUACAACAGUCUGAAGGAGGUACGCGAACCCACCGAGGAGGAGAUGGAGGCCUUCCGAAUGAAACGCGCCCGACCCGACGACCCCAUGGCCUCCUUCCUUAAUCAGUGAUCCGGAAUCAUCCUGGAAGUCUUCGUCGCUUUUUUUCCCCACUCUUUGCUACACAUGUUAUGUAGGUUAACCGGUCAAUCCUGUCAUUUCACAUAUCAGACUGGGAUAGCUUAGUUUUUCAAAGCAUUUUGUUUUUGUUUUAGAUGAACAGAAUGUGAACAGAAAGCUGUAAAUAUAGCGUGUAUGGCAAAACGCACCAUGUUAACUUGAUAUAUUGAUCGUCUGUCCUCCAUCAUUGAUUAUUUUUGCAACAAUAUAAAGACUUAAAUCAAACGA